UCUUGGUUAGUUCGCGAGAAAUAUUUUCUUGGUUAAAUAAAUAUUCUAAUUAAAAUAUGAGUGAAAAUCCUUUUGAAGUUUUUAUAGAAGACAUGGAAAAUGAAGAAGUAUAUUUAAGAGUGAAUGCCAUGCAUAGAGUUAGGAUAAUUUGUACAUUAAUUGGAGUAGAAAAUAUUAGAUCUUAAUUGAUACCUUAUUUUGAUAGUAUAAUAAUAAUUAAUUAAUGAUAAGGCUUAUUAGAUAAAGAAGAGGAUGAAGUAUUAUUUGCAAUGGCUGAAGAACUAGGCAAUAUAGCGUAGAAUUGACAAUUAAAAAUUAGAGAAUUAAUGCCUGAUUAAUCUAAAUUAUUGUUAAAUUUAUUGGAGAAACUAGUAAGCUUUGAUGAAACUGUUGUACGAGAACAAGCAGUUAAUUCUAUAACUGUAGUGUGUGAAUAUUUGAGUGAUCCUGAGAUUGUAAAUAUAAUUGUACCGAUGGUAUAAAUAAUUUCUUUUAUAAAAAACAUAGUGGUUAAGAUUAGCAUAAAAUGAGGAUAAUUUUAUAUGUAAGAUAUCUGCAGUGAGUUUGAUGUCAUCUAUAUAUGGUAGAGCAGGAUGUUAAAAAGAAAAUAUGAGAUAGUAAGGCUAGUUUUGAAAUAACUAGGGAAUUUGCAGAAUUAUGUAAGGAAGAGACUUUAAUGGUUAGAAGAGCAGUGGCAAGUAAAAUAGGAGAAAUAGCAUAAGAAAUGGAAAAAACAUAUGUUAUAGCAUAGCUUUUGUAAGUUGUAAAAGAGCUUUGCUAUAAUGAAUAAGACACAAUUAGAUAAUUAUGUUCUAUGAGUUUAAUGAAUAUAGCAAGAGUUUUAAAUAGUUAAGAAAUUAAAGCUAAUAUUCUUCCUUUGAUUAUAUUAUAAGCAGAGGAUAAAUCUUGGAAAGUUAGAAUGAGUUUAGCAUAAAUAUUAGCCGAUGUAUAUUUAAUAUAAUUAUAAUAGGUAGCAUAAAUUUUAGGAUAAGAAAUAGCUGAUUUUUAAUUGAUUCCUAUAUUUACAAAUCUAUUAAAAGAUUGUUAAAGUGAUGUAAGAGUUGAAGCAGUUAAAAGUUUAUUGAGAUUCAUUAAGUUAAUAUCUAGAGAGAGAGUAUAUUUAAUAAUUGGUAAUAUACAAUAAUUAACUGAAGAUCCAAUAGCAUAGGUUAAAUGUAAUUUUAUUAUAAUUAAAAAUAGAAAAUAUAUGUGAGGUUAUAGGAUAAGUAGCAAAUUUAUUACCAAAAUAAUAAAGUUAAAAUUAAUUAAGAAAAUGUCUAUUUUAGUUAAUGAGUGAUGAAAAUUGGGAGGUGAGAAGAAAUGCAAUAAAGGCUAUGGGAGUUUUUGCUAUUGCAAUAGAAUUUGAAGAGUUAAAUAAAUUAAUACCACAUUUAAAAAGAUGUAUGAAUGAUCCAAAAUGGAGAGUAAGAAAAGAAACAAUUUAAACAAUAAUACAAUUAGCUUUGUAUUAAUCUUAUAUUAUAGUAUAGAUAAUUAAAGCAAUUAGAUAUUUUUAUAGAACAUUUAGAAGAAGUAUUUGUAUUAUUUUUGAGAGAUAGAGCAGCUGAAGUUAGAUCUAUUGGAUUAAGUUCAUUAUGUGAAUUGAUAUCUGUUUAUAAAUAAGAAUGGGCAUUGGGUAAUCUCCUUAAAAAAUGUAUUGAAAUUCUAGAAAAAGAUGGAGGUAGUCUUUUUAGAAUAAAUGCACUUUAUGCUAUUUAAUAAAUAUGCUUUGCUAUUGAAGGUCCUUAAAUAGAAACAAAUUUAUGGCCUAUUGUCUAAAAAUAUUUGAAAGAUCCAAUUCCAAAUAUUAGAUUUGUAAGUUUGAAGGUUGCUAAGUCUUUUUUAAAAAAGAUUGGAAAUUAAAAUAUAUCAAUACAAAUUAGAUAGUAAUUGUGAAUUAAUUAUAGAUCUAUUUAUGGGAUGUUUGAAGAUCCAGAUAGAGAUGUCAAAUUCUAUGCUUAAGAAGCUUUAUAGUAUUGAAGUAUUAUUAUUAUAUAUAUUGG